ACUAUAUAUUUCUAUUUCACUCAUUGCGUUUUAAGUUUCAAUUUCUCAUAGUUGUUUUCAGCGAGGAAGGAAAACAUUGAAUAUCUGAAUUUAUUCGUGAUUUAUAAAGUGAAUCAAUUAAAGUUAAACAUAGUUUACUAAAUAUAAUGUUUUUCUGAUUUUGGUUGAGGAAAAUAGUGACCCGUUAUUCAGGGUACCGUUAAGUGUUAUUUAUGAAUGUGACCAUCUUCAAUAGAGUCAACAACCCUAACAAAGAUAGUGGCGGCAUGUAUUCCGAGUGGAGUUCAUUGCCCCUGGAGGGAGGGGGGCGGGGUGUGCUGGGCGCUGUUGGUGGCAGGGACGUCGUGCUGGCCGUGGUCAAACAGCUAGCCUCACAUGAACCCAGUCCACUCACUACCGAUGCUGAGGUGGAGUGGGUGCUGGAGGUGAUCAGGUUCGGUCUGUCGCUGCCGCUGCAGGAGCACGAGGCGCUGCGCGACUGCGUGCGCGUGUGCUGCGCGUGGCUGGCCCCGCUGCUGCCGCCGGCGCCGCCCGCCAUGCCGCCGCCGCCCGCGCUGCCGCCGCCCGUCGCCGCCGCGCCGCACAAGUACGCCAGGAAGAUACUCCGACAUCUACACAACUUGUUUGUGCCUAGGCCUAAUGAGACUCUCACAUUUAUCUAUCAAAUGGAACUGGGCGGCGACCUGAUCAGCAAGCAGGCGGUGCUGUGCCACCGCGUGCUGCGGCUGGCGCGCGCGCUGGGCGCGGGCGGCGCGCUGGGCCCGCGCGACUGGCGCCAGCUGCUGCUGCUGCCCGGGCCCCCGCUGUGGCGUACACUGCGCGAGCAGUGCGUCCGCUGGCGGCACCGCGCGCCGCUGACGGAGCAGUGGACGCGCGCCUCGCUCGCACUCACCGCCAGGCUGCUCAAACACAUGUACGGACCACUCUUCCCCGUCAUGCCUAUCAGUGAAGAAGAUGCCAACCUCAUUCCCCCGGACAUGAGCGCGGAAGCAGUGAUGCAGAGCUGGUACCGCAUCCUGCACACCAUCGGGAACCCGGUCGACCUCUGCAGGCCACAUGUCAUCAGUCAGACUCCUGACUUCUUACAGUAUUCUAUAACUCAAGACGAAGGUAGCAGGGACCCCAGCCAGCAUCCUUGCCUCCAGGCCCUGCCCUCAAUCUUCCACAAAGCUAUGAAGGGUAUAGCAGCCCACGUAGAUGCAUUCCUAGGGCGCGGCUCGGAGCGGUGGUGGGGCAGCGCGGCCAGCGCCGCGGCCGACCAGGAAGAUGCCGACCUCACGCCGCCCGCGCACCGCCGCCUCGCCAAGUCAUUCAGCGUCUCCGCCUCCAGGCCGAGGGACAAACUGCCUGAACGAAGUACCCCGCGUACGUCUCUCAUUGGCUUGACAAGCAGUCGCCCUCCUAGCGUCGCUCCCACCACUCCUCCUAACUCAAUCACCUCUCAAGUGGGUGAAUCAGAGAAGCCGCCAUUAACUCCGCUGCGUCCGAAGGUGAACUCCAUCCUGCACCUGUUCGGAGAGUGGCUGUUUGAAGCGGCACUCAUUGGAACCACUCCGCAAUAUAACAACCAACAACGCACGGAAGGCACGCCACCGCCUCCGUCAUUGUCUGACGCGACUUACAAGCUGAACAUGCUCAGCUACCAGCCAGGUCGUGCGGAGGCGCUGGGCACGCUGUGCCGCGUGCUGUGCUCGAAGCAGUGCCGCGAGGAGGUGCACCCGCCCUACCUGGCGCGCUGCUACGCCGCGCUGCACCGCGGCCUGCGCGACCCCGCCACCGCCGCCGCCGUCGUACUCAACGCGCCCGACAUCUUCCGGCUGGAUCUGGAUGGCGUAUUAGUCCUGGUCCCAGACUUCAUCAACGCUUUAGACCAGAUACUCUCAGAGAGGGAGCCUCGACUAGAAUGCGGUAACAUUGACAAGAGAGAGCUGCGUAAAGCUGCCAUCAGCGCGCUGCUGUCUCUAGUCGCGUUCCCGUACCAUUACAAGGGAUUACCGGUUCCUGAGUUCCCUGGAUGUAAUGAAUACGCGGGCAUGACGCUGGGCGAGUUGACCCGCGGGCGCAUCUCGCUGACGUGCGUGUCGGCCGUGCAGGUGGAGACGGUGGACGCGCUGGCCGUGCCGCUGCUGAGCGCGCUGUACCUGUGUGUCCGGCAUAAUGCCGCCGCCGCGCCCCACGCCGCGCCGCCCUCCUCCACCUCGCACACCACCGACUAUAAAGCGCGGUCAGACUGCGGCAGUGGCUCGGGCAGCGCGGAAGGUCACUCGCUCGACGACUUCGCCGCUGACGUUAGGGAGCUAGACCCAUCCUCGCCUGUUUUCGGUGCGGCGCUGGUGGUACGCGCUACUUACCUGGUGUGCCACCGCCUCAUCUCCUCCUGGAAGGGAGACCUGCAAGUAUCGCUGGCUGCUCUAGAACUGCUGUCUGGACUUGCCAAGCUGCAUUCCUCGAAACCAGAAGCGAUAGAGCGCAAGCGCGCCGUGCGUUGGAUCUGCGACUACAUCACGGUGCAGUGCAGCCGGCCCCCGCAGGCGCACUCCCGCGACCUGCACUCGUGCGUCGUGGCCGCCUACUCCUGCCUGGCCGCCUGGCUCUGUCCCGCGCUGCUUGCCGACCAGGACUGUAUUGCUACGCUGCUGGAGGUCGUCGAACUUGGGAUCUCUGGGAGUAAAAGUCAAGGCAAACCCGGGGAGCCUCCGAAGAUGAAAGACGAGAAGGAACUGAAACCAGUCUCCAUGCGAGUACGGGAUGCUGCAGAGUCUCUGCUCAUGUUGAUUCUAGAACAGCAAAUAGGUAACGGUGGCAAUGGUUCGUCCUGGUGCCGGCUGGACGAGCGCUGGCUGUCGGCGCUGGGCCACGGCCGCCUGCGGCACUUCGUGGCCGACGGGAACAUACUGCUGUCUCUGCUGGAGGAGCCGCUCAGCAACAGCCAGGAGCCGCAGCCUACGCUUAUUGUGAUAAUCCGCUGCGGCUGGGGCCGCUACGCGUGGUCUCUGUCGGCGCGCGGCGCGGCGCGGUGCGCGGGGCGCGGGCUGGGCGCGGCGUGCGCGCGGCCCGUGGACAUGCGCGAGGCGCGCCCCGCCCACCCGCCCGCCUGCAGGCCACUGCCGCACGCGCCGCCCUGCGCCACUGACUCAGCAUUCCCUAGCUUAGAAGCAGUGUUAAGACAACUGAAUGACCCGGACGCUCCAACCUUGUUCAAACUAUUGGAACAACAGGCCGCCAUCGAGAAACGAGUCAAAGAAAGCGAAGAGAACGUUGUACCAGAAGAGUACAUUCCACCAGAACCAGUGACAGAGUUCCAGACAGCGAGGCUGUUUCUGUCACAUUUCGGGUAUCUGAACAUUGGAGGCGAUAAAAAGGGCAGCCCCGGUCGCCUGGUGGCCCUGGACGACACGGCGCCCGGGUUCGCGGCGGCCCUGCGGCGGGUGGACGCGUGCGGGGCGCGGGCCUGUGUCACCGUGCACGUGUUCUGUGCGCGGGCGGGACAGCGCACGGCCGCACAGAUCGUGGCCAACGCGCGCAGCCGCGCCACGGUACCGCCUGCCUUCAUACGCAUGCUGCAGGGCCUGGGCACCCCGGUCCGAGUCCGCGGGCACCCGGGCUGGGCGGGCCACGUGGACACGAGCUACGACGCGCGCAUACACUCCGACCCGCCGCCGCUCGCCGAGCCCGCGCCCGCCAUCUACGACGCCAGGGAACAGGUGCUUUACUGGUCAGACUCGACGAACGAGAUUGCGUUUGUAGUACCGUCGGGACGGGAGAGUUUGGACAGCGAAGAUCGAAACGAUAGUAUCAAGUCAGAUGUCGAUGGCUCCUGCUUGUCUAACCGCUCGGAGAAGGGUGCGGGCUCAUGUUGGGACGUGUCGAGUGGGAGUGGCAGCGUGGGGGGGUACGAGCGCAGCGUGUCGGAGUCCGAGCGGGAGCGGGGCAAGCUCGGGGACAAGCUGCGGGCACUGUCGCUCGACCUCGACAAACAACCCGCCGCGCAUCUAGCUGGUAGUGGAAGGCGUAAUAGAGAUUACACUACUAAGAUCCUCAUUAUAUGGCUGGAAGACUUCGAAGAUCAUUUGAAUUUACCUAUAGACGACCUACUAACGUACUGCGAGACGGGCCUGCCGUGGCGGCGGCACGAGGUGUGCGUGGUGUGCGUGUCGGCGCGGCGCUGCGGGCUCGUGCGCGUGCACGCCGCCGCCGCGCCCGGACACGCCGCCACCGGCGUGCUCGCCGACGGAGCGCUGCUCGCGCCCAAACUACUGCCCGCUACACUACGCCGCGCCGCCAUCGAUGCCGCGAGACGGACCAGACUCAAUACUGACUUGUACCAACCUCCACACGUGCGCCGUCGCCACUUAAUCCAGGAGUUGGCGCAACAAUACAAGAAGGACCUCACGGAACCAGAACUGCUUGAAUCACUGUUCAGGAAUCCGUAAACUUCAAUUAAAUACACCAGCAUGUCAAGCUAACCUCUUAUGAAAUAUGAUUUUCAUCCUUAAAACGUUGUGAUAUAGUUGAAAAUCGAUUAAUAAUAUGAUGUAGUUUGAUUUGCAGGCGUUCGUUUACUUAGUCUCGCUAAUAAAUAAAAUAAUCAACAGCACAGAAUUAUCCGGUUAAUUUUGUCCUAAUAGGAGCUAUAUGUGAUAAAAUUAGCGUGGAAAGGAAAUUCAUUCUUAUUGCAUGACUGUUUUGAGCUAUUUUAGCUAAUCACACUUAUUUGUGACAUUGCUUAAGAGAUGAGAGCUAGAUUAUAAAACAAAAAACGCUUAUUGUCAUUGAAAUAAGGUUGAUUUUCGCUUAGCUCUCAGUGGAAGAAUAGAAUACAGCUAAUGUUUUUAUCAAAUAAAAACUAGUUUGUAUUGGGGCUUUAAUUUAGUAAUAAAUACUAAACAUGGCAUCAUUUUAUAUUUGGUAACUAAUCCAUUAUGAUGUAUAAACUAGAUGAACUGACAUAGAGAUAUUUGCGUAACUCACAAUGUUUUAAUAAACUUAAAAGUAUUACAUAUGUAUUUCUAAUGAAAGAGAUUCCGUUUAGCUCUCAAUAGAUGGCGUUAAUGAGGCUUUAAGUCCAGUACUCCUAAUAGUACUUAUCAUUAUUCCAUUUUAUUGUUCAACUUCUCAGUAAUAAUAAGUCCUUAUUCGGCAAUAAGGACUAUAGCGACAUAGCAUGCUAAUAAUGUCUAGAAACUAAAAUCUACUAAAGUUAAUAGUUAACGAGAUCUUAAUUCAAAAUGUUUGGAUUAAUCUUGAUUUUUGACACACAUUCAAUAGAACGACGAGUAAUGUCAAAAAUCGACAUCAGUCCAAAGAUUUUGGAUUGAGAUCCGUUAGUCUGUUACUAAUAUCCAUCAUAAGCUGGUAUUUUCUUUUUAUUAUUGAAUUAAAAUUAUGUUCUCGAAAAUAUAGCCUCGUAGUUAUAACGAAGUAUUUUAGCACUAUUUAUUAUAAUUAAGACUGAUGUAAUGCAUAAACCAAUGAAAUGUAAUCGUUUAGUUAACAUUCCAAUUUCGAAUACAGUAUUUAAUUUUGCAUAAUCUAUGUACUUAAUUUAAUUGUUAUAUUUUAAUAAAUGUUAUUAAUGUAUUUA